CAUGAACAAAGGCCGACUGUACAGUUGAACAGUGGGAUUUUUUGGAACCAGUUACCUUCAAUCAUGCGCGAAUGCAUCAGUUUACAUGUUGGUCAAGCCGGAACCCAAAUGGGCGAUUCCUGUUGGGAGCUCUAUUGCCUCGAACAUGGCAUACAACCUGAUGGAAAAGUUCCUAGCGACUCAAACAUAAAGAACGAUAACGAUUCUUUCAGUACGUUUUUCAGUGAGACAAGCUAUGGUCGUUACGUCCCACGUGCUGUCUUUGUGGACUUGGAACCAUCAGUUAUUGACAGACUGCGAACAGGCGCUUAUAAGCAAUUGUUUCACCCAGAACAAAUGAUAAGUGGGAAAGAAGAUGCUGCUAAUAAUUAUGCUCGUGGUCACUACACAGUUGGUAAAGAGUUGGUCGAUGAGGUGCUAGACCGUAUACGGAAGCUAUCUGAAAGGUGCACAGGACUGCAAGGUUUCUUGGUGUUCCAUUCGUUUGGUGGAGGAACUGGAUCUGGUUUCACAUCCUUAUUAAUGGAGCGUCUUUCAGUGGAUUUCGGUAAAAAAGCAAAGUUGGAGUUUGCUGUAUAUCCUGCCCCUCAUAUCUCAACAGCUGUUGUUGAACCUUACAACUCCAUUCUAACUACACAUACAACGCUAGAACAUUCAGAUUGUGCAUUUAUGGUUGAUAAUGAAGCUAUUUAUGAGAUCUGUCGUCGAAACCUUACUAUUGAUCGACCAUCGUACAGCAAUCUUAAUCGGUUGAUUGGACAAAUCGUUAGCUCCAUUACAGCUUCUCUUCGAUUUAGUGGUGCUUUGAACGUAGAUUUGAACGAGUUUCAAACUAAUUUGGUUCCUUAUCCACGUAUCCACUUCCCUUUAACAACGUAUGCACCUAUUAUAUCAGCAGAAAAAGCAUUCCAUGAACAACUGAGCGUUUCAGAAAUUACUAAUUCAUGUUUCGAACCCGCGAAUCAAAUGGUGAAGUGUGAUCCAAGGAAUGGAAAAUACAUGGCAUGUUGUUUGUUGUACCGAGGUGACGUUGUUCCUAAAGAUGUGAAUGCUGCAAUUGCUAAUAUCAAAACGAGAAGAUCUAUUCAGUUUGUUGACUGGUGUCCUACUGGUUUUAAAGUUGGAAUUAACUAUCAACCUCCCACUGUUGUUCCUGGUGGAGAUUUAGCAAAGGUACAGCGUGCAGUUUGUAUGCUCAGUAAUACCACAGCGAUUUCGGAGGCCUGGGCUCGUUUGAACCGGAAGUUUGAUCUUAUGUAUGCAAAGCGUGCAUUCGUUCAUUGGUACGUCGGUGAAGGUAUGGAAGAAGGUGAGUUUUCGGAAGCUCGCGAAGACUUGGCAGCCCUUGAAAGAGAUUAUGAGGAAGUUGCUUCAGAUACUGUAGAUGCAAACUCUGAUGAUGGCGGAUUUUAAUGUAAUAUAAUUUAAAAAUAAAAAAAAUUUUACAUCCCUGU